AUGGUGAAUUAUUUCCCUCUGUCCAAAGAUAAUAGCUGUGAGCUCAACGACGCUAACAAAGACGCGGAACAAGCUGCAAUGAAAUGGGAUCAGGGAGAAAAUUAUUAUGACUUGGUAAGAAGCUACACGGUGAAGUUAAGAGAAUCGUUUGUUGUUGAUAGAGUAGUCUUAGUUUUUAUUUUUUUAGUUACGUUUUCAUCAUAACAUAGCGCGCACGCAAGGCCACCUGUAUCCUAAGGGAGCUACCAUCAAAAAUCCUUAUUUAUCAUAUAAAUUAAGGUGUUAUGCAAGGAUUUCUAGUCCUGACAAAAGCCGCAAAUGGUAAUGGCUAAGAACGAAAAUCGACAACUGGAAGAUUUUACAUAGGCCCAUUUUGGCUGUUUACCUGAGACUUCUUUUACGGUAAGAAAAAAGUCAAUAAUGGAGAAUUUUGUAAAUUUAAAAUUCCGCCUACUGUUGGUUUUUGUAAUCAUGAUUCAACGCAUUUUUCCAUCUUGAGCCUCAGUUAGCACCAACGCACUGCAGAAUUGUCGAUUCUUCAAAUAAUUUUCAUUCCUUAAUGAAGUCGGCUUUUCUUGUCAACAAAGCGCCGUUUUUUGAACAGUUGAUAUCAGUUUUAAGUGUUCAUGUGUAUCCGAAUAGCAAAUUUUAAAUUCACAACCGUACACGCUCAGAA